AUGUCGGACUUUGUGCGCGAUCUGCACAACCACAAAAUAGUGCCGGACGUAGUGCCGGUGCCACCGGAGAGCCUGCUCCGGGUCGUUUAUCCGGGAGAACUGCGGGUCAACCUUGGCAACGUCCUGACACCGACGGAAGUGAAGCAGAUCCCGUCGGUCAGCUGGCCGGGGGCGGAACCGGCCGCCUACUACACGCUCGUCAUGACCGAUCCGGACGCGCCGAGCCGGACGGCGCCCAAGUUUCGCGAGUGGCACCACUGGCUGGUGGUGAACAUCCCCGGGUUGGACCUGGCCCAGGGUGACACCCUGUCGGACUACAUCGGGGCGGCUCCACCGCGCAAGACGGGCCUCCACCGGUACGUGUUCCUGUUGUACCGACAGAACGAAAAAAUCUACUUCAAAGAGCCACGACUUUCGAACAGAAGCACCCAGGGAAGGGGCAAGUUUUCGACGCACAAGUUUUCGGAAAAGUACGAGCUGGGCCUACCGGUCGCGGGCAACUUCUUCCAGGCACAGUUCGACGACUACGUCCCGAAGCUGUACCGUCAGCUGGGACACUUUCAGAAUGCGUUUUAG